CGUGUGUUGUUGAUCUAGCCUCUUUCCUUUUGUCACAUAGUCACAUGGUGUUGAAUGCAGUUUGCAGAUGACAGAUGCCGUCAGAUGCUGUAUUCCGUACUUGAUUCUAGACUACUUUGGAAAAACGAUGAGUUCUCAUGUUGUAUCGAAGGACAUUGAAGCUUCUUUAAAAAAUGCAGGUCCUGUGGCGAAACUAGAAGUGGUUCUUCAAGAGCUCUGCCAUGGGAAACCUGAUAACACCGAUGACUUCACAUGGCUGUCAUAUGUACACAAGGGCUUUAGCCUCUGUGACUCACUCUCUCACAGUCUCUCCUCUCUUCCUCAGGACAAAGUGGAGCUGGAAAACUGUGCCAAUCAGCUAUGGAAUACAUCAGUGGUUCUGAAGUCGAAGGGUACUGUGGAGCCAACUGUUUAUGCCAAAUUGCGCUACAUUUCUUUCCAAGUGGUAGGUUUUGUCUAUGAGUCGUCCUCGGAUGUAAAGUAUCUCAAGAAGCAAAUUGUUAUGGGAUUAAAAACUGCAAGAGCAUGGAUGGAAUGUAAAGACUAUGGUCCUGCAGAUAGGGUGCUGUCCAGUUUGAAGCAGACAGUGCAACAACUGCAUUGUAUAGUUGGCCAAAAGGACAGGUCUGGUUCCCCUCUGUGUUACAAGGAAGAUAAGACUGUAAGACAAGAUCUGGACAAGGACACGCUUUGGGUUUACUGCCUGGAGCUAGAACUGAGAGUUGCUCAGGGCAAACAUGCUGAGGCUCUAAGCGCUGCCACGACGGCUAAGGAGCUGGUAGUCAAAGUCCCAACAGAGUGUCACAGUGUGAGUAUGCUGUGCUACAAUGCUGGUGUAGACAGCUACCAGAGCCAGCAGUGGGAGCAGGCAGUGGCCUGGCUGAGGGAAAGCUACAGCGUGACAAAGCAAGGGGAAAACAAGGACUGCUCCUCGCAGGCUCGCACGCUACGUCUGUUAGCGACCUGCUACAUGGAGUGGCGCUGUGCUGACUGGGCUGAGCUUGCACUGAAUGCUGUUUCUUUGGCCAACCAAGAACAUCCCCACUGUGCUGGUCUGUUUGUCCAUCUCAAGCUGCUGCUCACAUCACAGGCAGAGGGGAACGCUGUUCUUCAUGCUUUGAGAAGCUUGCUACAGCACCCUGACUGCAACCUAGAAGUUUGUUUGAGCACUUUAAGUCUUCUCAAGAAACACCAAAGCUGUGAGUCAGCAUUUGAACUGCGGGAGAAAUUCCUGGAGAAGCAAGGCACCGGCCCUGACUCUGGCCUUCUGUGGGUCAUGCUUCAAGACCUGCUGCUCUGUUCGGACCAUUUGGAACAUGCCAGCACCUUUGCCACUGAGGCAAUCACAGCACAUAACACGGGUCAGCGUUUCGAUGACACCACCAAAAAGCAGCUCCAUGUGUUGUUCUGGGGCAGAGCCGCCCAGUACUGUGAGGGAGGCAAGUACACAGAGGCUAUCGCGUGGUACAGAUAUUCCCUGAGUCUUUACACCUCCACAACAGGGAGUGAGCCCAAUCUGGGCAAACUGCACCGCAACCUGGCUACCUGUUACCUGCACACUGAGCACCUGGACAAGGCGAAGCAGUCAGCUGGGAUGGCGGAGGUGUGUGAGCCAAGCCACCCACACACUCACUUUUUGGUUUACAAGGUGGCCCUUAAGUCUGGUGAUACACAAACAGCAUUGACGUGAGACAGCUGAUAGCACUGGCUCUUAACGGGCGAGAGGAAGAAGCGCUGACUUACUUCAGGGAGACUGUGGAUGUGAUUGAGACACGUGCGCAGGGCGAGUAUCCAGACACAGAGGUGCUGUGGCUUAUGACCAAAUCAUGGAACCAUGGACUACAGUAUUUCAAUUGUGGCAAAACGAGGGAGGCAGAGCUGUGGUGCAGUAUGAGCAUGAAGCUACUCAAGUACACAACAUCACGGGCCUCCUAUGAAGACCAGAUGGUGUCUGUGUAUGGAGAGAUGAUGACUCGCCUGGAGCAAGAGCAGUCAGACAGAGGCAGCAGACUUGAGGAAUGACAGAGUUGAC